CCCGGCCGGGCGGGCGCUCGGGGCCACUCUGAGCCGGGUGGCGGCGGCGACAGCGGCGACAGCGGCAGCGACAGGUAUUUCCCUGCAGUGUCUCUGGGCCUGGACUCUCCCUGCACCUUCAAACCUUCUCCAAGGAUUGCAUGGUGGCAAGGGCUCUUUGUGUCUCGGUGGCUUCCUGUGCUGGGGGGGCCGGGCUCCAGUCCUUCCCUUUCCACCCGGGUGUGAGGAAAGCAAUUCUUCUUGCAGAGCGACUUAUCUGUCCUUGGAGCUGAAAACAUCCUUUCUUUGCUCUUUCUGAAUCCCCUAAAUGAAUGAUUUCUCCUGCUGGUCUAAGGAGACCAUGACCACUGAUGAGGCCACCAAGAGCGAAGGGGAGGUGCAGACAGCAGCUCUGGCUGAGCGUGGGGAAGACAUCACACCGUCCAAGGACCGAGGGGUUCUGAAGAUAAUUAAGAGGCCUGGGAGUGAGGAUGAGUUUCCCAUGAUCGGAGACAAGGUUUAUGUGCACUACAAGGGAAAACUGGCCAACGGGAAAAAAUUUGACUCCAGCCGCGAUCGGAAUGAGCCUUUCAUCUUCAGCUUGGGCAAGGGUCAGGUAAUCAAGGCAUGGGACAUUGGGGUAGCCACCAUGAAGAAGGGAGAGAUCUGCUACUUGCUCUGCAAACCCGAGUACGCGUACGGCUCUGCUGGGAGUGCCCCCAAAAUCCCCUCCAAUGCCACCCUCUUUUUUGAGGUCGAGCUGCUUGACUUCAAAGGUGAGGACUUGUUUGAGGAUGGAGGAAUAAUCCGGAGGAUCAAGAGGAAGGGAGAAGGUUACUCCAACCCCAAUGAAGGUGCUACCGUGGAGAUUCACCUGGAAGGAUUCUGUGGCACCCGCAGGUUUGACUGCAAGGAUGUGAAAUUUGUCGUGGGUGAAGGGGAGGACCAUGACAUCCCCAUCGGCAUUGACAAGGCCCUGGAGAAGAUGCAGAGGGGAGAGCACUGCAUCCUCUACCUCAGCCCACGGUACGGCUUUGGCGAGGCUGGGAAGCCAAAAUACGGCAUCCAGGGGAAUGCAGAGCUGGUGUACGAGGUGACCCUGAAGAGUUUUGAGAAGGCCAAGGAGUCGUGGGAGAUGGACACCAAGGAGAAGCUGGAGCAGGCAGCUGUGGUCAAGGAGAAGGGCACAAUGUACUUCAAGGAAGGCAAGUACCUGCAGGCAGUGAUUCAGUAUGGGAAGAUUGUAUCCUGGCUGGAAAUGGAGUAUGGCUUGUCUGAAAAGGAGUCUAAAGCCUCUGACUCCUUCCUACUGGCUGCCUUCCUCAACCUGGCCAUGUGCUACCUGAAGCUGCGAGAGUAUGCCAAGGCUGUCGAGUGCUGUGACAAGGCUCUGGGAUUGGACCAGGACAAUGAAAAAGGCUUGUACAGGAGGGGUGAAGCCAGGUUAUUGAUGAACGAGUUUGAGCUGGCCAAAUGUGACUUUCAAAAAGUGCUGGAAGUGAAUCCACAGAACAAAGCAGCGAAAUCCCAGAUCUCUGUGUGCCAGAAGAAAACAAAGGAGCACAACGAGCGGGACCGGAGGAUCUACGCCAACAUGUUCACAAAGUUUGCAGAAAGGGAUGCAAAGGAAGCAGCCGGCAAAACUGGUGUGGAAAAAACAGCGGAGAAGGCGGCUUGUGAAAAACGACCUAAAACUGAUGCUGAAGGUGAAGAGGCUGAAGGACACGUAUGAUGGAGGAGGAGGGGAUGGGAGAGCCUUGUGCCCUCGGCCCACACUGAAAAGGUUGCUGCCAAACCUUGGGACUUGCCAGUGUUUUCUUGUAAAGCUUGUUACAGUCUGUGUGAUCGUGGAAGCAAAAAGCACCUCGCAAAGAAAAGUGACCCCAUCCCACCGUCCUGGGUGCACUGGGGGCAGAGCAAGAGUGGCAGGACGCCAUGGGACCACCGCACGUGGAACAAAUAGCAUUUAAACAGCAGGAAAAAGAAAAAAAAAUAUUAUAAUGAUAAAUUAAAACUCUUGGCUCCUUGGAGGUUUCCGUAGACAGCUUGUUCCAGCUCCCUAGGCUUUGUGUCCACUCUCAGCACAGCAUCCUGUGAGAGGAGCUGGGAUGUAGGACAUGCUCCUUGUGCACUGCAGUGCUGCCUCUGGCUGUCCCAGGGAUUGGCUUUGCCUCCUGUGGCCAAAGGGGUGGCAGGGCAGAGCCAGGAUGAGAACCCACACGGCCUCUGCUGCAGCCCCUGCGUGCAUCAGUCUUUAAAGCACUGUUUGGGGAGGGGAGGCCACACAGAUUUUACAUUCUGAAGGAGCUGGUUCGUGUGUCUUUAGAGAGCAAAAGCCUGUCCAGCUUUGCAGGUGCCCAACCCACAGCCUGCACCCCAUCCCUUGGCUCCUGGCUUUAAAAGUUUUAUUGCUUUUAUUGGGAUCUGUAUGUGGGGAAAAUAAAGGAGCAGGUUGACAUGUGGUUCAGAAAGCAAGUGGCUGGGUCUGAGCUGGUGCCAUGGGUUUGUCACUGAGCAGCUUUCCCAUGGUGAGGGGGUCCCAGGUGCAUCGUGUCCCUGCACUGGGGCUGCUGCUACCUCCUCAGCCAUCAGUCCUCUCCAUCCUCAAGGGACAGUGUCACUACCCCAUGAGAACAGCUUUCCAGUUGUUAUUUUUCCUGUCUAUAAUAAUACCCUUUUUGGAGAUUGAAAAUAAACAACUGAAAGAAAAA